CGAUAUGUCUUAUUCUCAUAAUGAUAUUAUAGAAUUUAUUUGUGUUAUCUUCUAAUAUUUUGAGACAAAUUCAUAUAUCGAACUAUAAUGAAAAAUGUUUCUGAUAAUUAGUGAAUAUAUUAGAAAUACGUAUCAAUUAAAAUAUGAAAAUUAAUAUAAUAAUGUUAACUUAACUGUUAUAGAUUUAUUGUUAUUAUUUGAAAAAUUUUCUAUCUUAAAUAAUAAAUUUUAACUGAAAAUAAAUGAAUGAAUGAAUGAAUUUAUUUAAUUGAUCAAUGAAAAAAUAAAUCUUCCGAUAAACUAUUAUUUUAUGUUCAACAGACAUAUUGUUAUCAUAAAGAUAAUUAUAGAAUUUAUUUUAAAAGAAUAAAUAAAACAUUUGAAUAAAUCUUCUUAUUUAUUUAAAUAUAGUUAAGAUUAAAAAGAUGAAAAUCGAUCGAGAUCAAAUAUAUUGAUUACAAUUAUUAAAUAUAUUUUCAGUUAUACACAUUGAAUUUUUGAUAAAGAACAGUAGAAUUUUGUCUACGGAUAAUUUUAUUAUUUGAAAUAACCAUUUAAUAUAUAGUUUUUAUUCAUUUCUAUAUAAAAUUAAUUUAAAAUAAUCAUAUAUAUAUGAUUAGUGAUAAAUGAAUAAAUAUUUGUUUAUAAAUUUGAAUAGAAUUAGAAUUUAAAUUUUUGUAAAAGAUUUUUAUUUUUAUUUUUUUUGUUAAUAUUUAGUGGGAAGAUAAAAUGAAUUUAAAUUGUCCUGAAUUAGUCAAAGAAUUUGAAGAAAAUUUAAAAAAGAAAAAUAAUGAAAAAAAAUCAAUACGAAAAAGUGAAACGAAGGCAAAAAAAAAUUCAACAAAUAAAACAAAAAAAGCUAAAUUAGAUGAAACUGGUCAAGAUGAUCAAUUCGAUGAAGAACCAUCUAUAAAUCAAGAUAAUCAUCUUGAUUCAAAUCAAUCUAAUAAUAAUGAUGAUGAUAAUGAUAAUGAUAAUGAUAAUGAUAAUCAUCAUAUAAAUGGUACAUAUCAUUCUCCUAUAUCAAAUGAUAAUCAAACAUCAAAUAAAUCUCGUAUUAGAUCAACUUCUAAAAGUGAAAGUAUAAAUGAUGAUAAAAAUGAAGAAAAUUCUAAAUGUGAUGAUAAAAUAAAUGGUGAAGAUAAUAAAAUAAAUGAUGAAGAUGAUAAAAAUAAUAAUAGUAUUGAAUUAAUAAAUAAAUGUUCACCAAUAAAAGAAAAUAAUUUAAAUGAACAAUCAAAUGAACCAUCUGUUAAUCUUCGUCUUCGUAUAACACCAACAUCAGCAUCAUCAAUAUCAUUAACACUUAAUGAUAGUGAUAAUAAUAAUAAUACAAAUGAUAAAUCAAUUAUUGAUAAUUCAAUUAUAAUUAGUAAUGAUCAAGAUCAAGAUCAAGAUCAUGAUCAACCAGAAAUAAUAAAUGAUGAUGAAGAAUUUAUUGAAAAAAUUGAAGGAGUUAAAAAUGAUCAAGAUGGAAUUUCAUUUCGAAUUAAAUUAAUUGGACAAAAUGAUACACAAUGGAUAUCAGCGAAAAUUGCUAAUAGAAAAUAUCCCCAAGCUGUUAUUGCUUUUUGGGAAAGUCAUGUAGAAUUUACAUAA